AUGUCACGCGUUAAAACAACGGUCGUAAGAAAGUCUGGUGGCCAGGUCUGGGAAGAUCCUUCGUUACUCGAAUGGGAUCCAAAUCACUUUCGCCUUUUUGUAGGAAAUCUAGGAAACGACGUUACAGACGAUAUUUUGAGAAAUGCAUUCGUUGAAUACCCUUCACUAGCGAAAACAAAGGUUGUCCGUGAUCGUGAAGGAAAAACACGCGGCUUUGGCUUUGUUUCUUUUCAAGACCCAGAUCACUUUCUACGAGCUUGGAGAGAGAAGAAUGGGAAGUACAUUGGGAGUCGUCCCGUCAAACUAAGUCGUGCAAACUCUGAUGUUACACCAGCGGAUGUCAGCGACAAAACUUUAGAUUCCAAGGUUCGUAACUCAUUGUAUUCUAGGACUAAACACCAUGGGAAUCGGGUCAUCAAAAAGAAAAAAGAAAAGCGUUCAUCAAAGUCGUCAAAUCAGGCGACAGCAGCAGCAGAACUCAUGGCUUCUUCUGCAGCUCCCAUCACACAGACGAGCUCCUCUACUACCAACCACCAUCAAAAUACACAUCCUUCUUCGAGGAUGGAGCCCUAUUCCAAACGAAACUAA